GGGGGAGAGAGAGAGAGAGAGAGAGAGAGAGAGAGAGAGAGAGAGCUGGAGCGCACAGGGGAGCUCCAGCAUAAUCGAGCGCAGAGCGAGUCGAUCGCGCCCGGGAGCCGCCGUUCAUUCAAACGUAACGCAUGCACUGUACGGUGCCGAGGUACUGCACCGACAGGUGUCAGUGUGGAGCGAGGCCUGGUGCUGCUGAGGGUGACGUCACGACAGCGCAGACGUUAGCAGGAGUAGCGUCAUACACUCAACAGUGCUUCAAGGGGUGCCAGCCAUGGAGUCCACCACAGACUUCCUGGCAGUGAUCACUAGGGAAAACACAGGAGCAUCAGUGACCAUUGCCUUGAUCCUGAUCUUUUUGGCUCUCCUGUAUUGGUAUUCCGUGUUCCCCUACUCUGUCCUGGCUCGCUGUGGAAUCCAGCACCCCAAACCGUGGCCGUUCUUCGGCAACAUUUUCCUGUUUCGCGAGGGAUUCUUUGGACCUCACAACGACCUGAUAAAGCGGUACGGCAGAGUGUGUGGUUAUUAUUUCGGCCGGAGGCCUGUUGUGGUGAUAGCCGACCCUGACAUGCUCAAGCAGAUCAUGGUGAAAGACUUUGCCAACUUCCCCAACAGAAUGACCAUCAAGGCUGCCACCAAGCCGAUAAGCGAAAGCCUGCUGUUGCUGAAGGAUGAGCGAUGGAAGAGAGUGAGGAGCAUUCUCACACCAUCCUUCAGCUCUGCCAAGAUGCGAGAGAUGGUGCCACUGAUCAACGCGGCUGUGGAGACGCUCAUGGGGAACCUGAAGGUCUAUGCGGAGUCGGGGCGGAGCUUCGACAUCCACAGGUGCUUCGGCUGCUUCACCAUGGAUGUGAUUGCCAGCGUGGGCUUUGGCACGCAGAUCGACUCCCAGAACAACCCCAGCGACCCCUUUGUGUACCACGCCCAGAAGUUUUUCUCCUUCACCUUCUUCCGGCCUCUCGUGAUGCUGUUCGUUGUGUUUCCCGUUCUCAUCUCCCCGCUCGCGGGGCUCCUACCCAACAAGUCAAGGGAUGAGGUUAACACUUUCUUCAUCAACUGCAUCAAGAAGAUCAUCAAGCAGAGGGAUGAGCAGCCAGCCAUCCAGUGCCGCCGUGACUUCCUGCAGCUCAUGCUGGACGUGCGCAGUGGGCAGGAGUGCGCGGCGCUGGAGCAGUUCGACAUGGUGAACCAGGCGGAGGAGGGAGCUCCGCCCCAUCGGGGCGCCAGUGCCGGCAGGGAACGCUCCGAGGAGGGACCACGGCACGUACCAAAGAGGAUAAUGACCGAGGAUGAGAUCGUGGGCCAGGCCUUCAUCUUUCUCCUGGCUGGAUAUGAGACGAGCAGCAGCACGUUGGCCUUUGUGGGCUACCUGAUGGCCGUCCACCCCGAGUGCCAAGAGAAGCUCCAACGCGAGGUGGACGACUUCUUCUCUAGACACGAGUGUCCGGACUACGACAACGUGCAGGAGCUGAAGUACAUGGACAUGGUUGUGUCGGAGGCUCUGCGUCUCUACCCUCCCGGAUUCAGGUUCGCUCGGGAAGUGGAAUGUGACUGUGUGGUCAACGGCAUCUUCCUGCCCAAGGGAGCCACAGUGGAGAUCCCCGCAGGGUUCCUGCACUAUGACCCAGACCACUGGCCCGAGCCGGACAAGUUCAUCCCAGAAAGGUUCACGGCAGAGGCGAAGGCUAGCAGGCAUCCGUUCGUAUACCUACCGUUCGGCGCCGGGCCCCGGAGCUGCGUAGGAAUGCGACUGGCCCAGCUGGAGAUCCGCAUGGCGCUGGUGCACGUCUUCCGUCACUUCGCCUUCGUGGCCUCUCCCGAGACCAAGGUUCCCUUGGAGCUGAAGUCCUCCAGCACCCUGGGGCCAAAGGACGGCAUUUUCGUGAAGAUCACGCAGAGAGAAUCGGGCGUGUCCGUCCCCGGGUUUAAACGUUAACGCCUCUUCGGUGCCCGCAGAGUCUGUCUCGGCGAGACCGAACCGGGACUAACUAACCCUUUACGAACAAAUCACGAGCAAUACUUAGUCUGUCUUUUAGUGAGGGUCGGAUAGGAAACAUUUAUAUGAUUUAGAUGGGUCUCAUUUAAUUCAGGUUUCAGUUUGCAAACGUUGCUGUGUCACUGUGUCACUUUUCUCCGGCAAAAGGUGAUAUCGUCUCAUCUUUCCUGUUGGACCGCAAAUUGGGAAGAUCAGGGCCGACGUGAUCCGGAGGCCGCGGAAUAUUGUGGAUGGAGGGAGACCUUGGUAGGCCUGUCUGUCUGGUGUGAACGGGGGCUUCCUUUGUUUCAAACUUGGAAUACUUCGGAGUGCUGUUUACAGUACUUCAUAGUUUAUUUUCUUAAGAGAGUUUCUUAACUUACUGACAGCAUGACUAGUUGUAAUGCCGUCAUUUCACGUUUUCUAGCUGACAAAUGAAAAAGAAUUCAGAGAGAUCCUUGGACGCUAAAGUGUUAUUCUGGUGUUAUAGGAAAGUUACACAUUGACAAAGUCAUGCUAUUACCCUCGACUGGAAA